UAUCUUUAACUUUUCAUUCAAAAUAACAUCAAAUUGUGCAACAAUUCCUUCCUGCCUUUUUACCGUUUUUGUGUCAAACCUCGAACACAAUGCGUGUUGUGUUGCUGUGGGCUCUCCCAGCUGUGGUCCAAACGCUUCCUUGCUCCGAUAGUAUUAUUGUUUUAAAAACACUUUACGAAGUGAAUAACAUAACUUCCUUCCCGGUAGGUGAAAUAAUGUCGACCCGAUAUAGAACCAGUUGAUCAUCCGGCUGGAAGAACGACAAAUAGUAGCAACGAAUCAAACAGAGCUAAAGCUUCACUACUGACCCGAUCAGUGAAAAACUUCCCUCGCACAAUGAGCGACCCACUGCCAGAAACAGACCGGGAAGAGGUCAUGGCCCGCCACCGAAAGGAAAAGAAGGAACUACAGUGCAAAAUACAAUCGAUGAAGAAGUUGAAGGUGGAUAAAAAGAAAAAGAAAGAAAUCCAAGAGGAGAUCGCAAAUCUCGAGCAGGAAAUAGAGCAACGGCAUGCGGAUGAACUGAAUCGGUUGAACCUUUCGGACGCACCCGAACCCUCAGCGAACCAGCCGGACAGUAAUGAGGAAGCGAAUGAAGAACCUAAUGACGACAAUGGCAAGGAAGAACCUCGGCUCUCGAAAGCGCAGCGCAGAAGAGACAAAAAGGCACAGGACAAUCGGGAGCGUGAUGCGCUGAUUAAGGAGGAGCAGGCACAGCUGCUAAAAAGCUCCCCUCGUAUCUUGGAAAACAAUCGUAUCAACGAAAUUCUUAUCAAGCGUAGCAUGCUAGCCCAUUCCGUACCGGCCGAUGGCGAUUGUCUGUACAAUGCGAUCAACCACCAGCUUAGCCAGCUGGGAAUCGGUUCGUACAGUGUGCCGGAGUUGCGCCGUAUGGCUGCGGACUACAUAGAGGCUAACCGGGACACCAUGCUAUGCUACAUGAGCCAUCCGGACACGGGAGAUAUGCUCAGUCCGGAAGAGUUUGAUAAGUACUGUCAUCAGGUUCGGGCUACAAAGGCAUGGGGUGGUGAGAUCGAGAUUAAGGCCCUGUCCACCAGUCUGAAGUGUCCGAUCGAAGUCAUCCAGGCUGUCGGUCCGGCAACCGUUCACGGAGAAGAUGAGGGUGCUCAUCGGAAGUUGGUGCUAACGUAUCAUCGGCAUAUGUAUCGGUUGGGUGAGCAUUACAAUUCUACCAAACCAAUGCCACCACCAAAGCGCGACGAGGAUGAAGACGAUUGAAAUGAAAAAUCAGUAAUUCGAAUAAAUAUAUAGUAAUG